AGGCGAGUCGGGUUCGAUAAUUUUAUAAUUAGGCUCGAAGUCCUAAGAGGAGUGAGCUUCCCACCUGCUUAAACCCCUCUAAAACCCUAAUCCUAAGUUCCUCUUCCAAAUCCUUCAGUUAACCCAGAAAAACUGCUAUCCACUCUCUUCCUUCACUGUAAUCACUGAAUUCUCGAUUUCCCUAAAUGGCAGCGCUAUUCUCUUCUCUUGUAAACAGAACCCAAAACCUGGUAGCAAAUGCAAUCAUGAGAAGAUCAUACGUCAGAAAGGCAUCAACUCAAAGGAACAACCUUUAUUCUAGAAUCAGUCCACUUGGUGACCCACGCAUCAGUUUGGCUCCAGUGCUUGAGCAGUGGGUUGAAGAGGGCAAGAAAGUUAAAGACUACGAGCUUCGAACAAUUGUUAAAGGCCUUCGUGAACGCAAACGCUUUAAACAAGCUCUUGAGGUUUCUCAGUGGAUGAGUAGCAACAGGCUCUGCAAUUUCUCACCAUCUGACCAUGCUGUGCGGCUGGAUCUGAUUGGCAAAGUUCAUGGACUGGAAUCUGCUGAGAGCUACUUCAAAAAUUUGGAUGAAAAGGAUAAAAUUCACAAAACAUAUGGCGCUCUUUUGAACUGUUAUGUCAGAAGUGGUCUUGUUGAAAAGUCCCUUUCCCAUGUGCAGAAGAUGAAGGAGCUGGGUUUUGUUUCCACUGCUUUGAACUACAAUGAUCUCAUGUGCCUCUAUGUGAACACUGGCCUGCUAGAGAAAGUUCCUGAUGUGCUUUCAGAUAUGAAGGAGAAUGGCAUUUCCCCUGACCUUUUCAGCUACAGAAUUUGCUUGAAAUCUUAUGGGGAAAGAUCUGACUUUGAUAAUGUGGAGAAAAUUCUACGAGAAAUGGAGAGCCAGUCACAUAUCUCCAUGGACUGGAGAACAUUUGCUACAGUAGCCAAUAUCUAUCUAGAAGCAGGUCUGAAAGAGAAAGCACUUGUCUACUUGAAAAAAUGUGAAGAGAAGGUUAAUAAAAAUGCACUAGGCUACAAUCAUUUGAUUUCGCUCUAUGCAAGUCUUGGGAACAAGGAUGAGAUGAUGAGGUUGUGGGAGCUUGCAAAAGCCAACUGCAAGAAACAACUCAAUAGAGAUUAUAUAACCAUCUUAGGAUCUCUAGUAAAGCUUGGUCACCUUGAAGAAGCUGAGAAAUUGCUGCAGGACUGGGAAUCGUCUUGCCAAUAUUAUGAUUUUCGAGUUCCAAAUGUCGUCCUCAUCGGGUAUUCUAGGAAAGGUUUACCUGAAAAAGCCGAGGCAAUGCUUCAAGACAUAAUAGAAAAACAAAAGAUGAAAAAUCCAAGUAGUUGGUCUAUUAUUUCAGCAGGGUAUAUGGAUAAGCAGAAUAUGGAAAAGGCUCUUGAAUGCAUGAAAGAAGCUCUGGCAGCAGAUACCGAAAAUAAAGGGUGGAGACCGAAACCUGCAAUGAUAUCCAACAUAUUGAAUUGGCUUGGUGAUAACGGGGACGCUCAAGAAGUAGAAGCGUUUGUGGGCUUGUUGGAGACUAGGGUCCCAAAAAGUAGGGAAAUGUAUCAUGCUCUCAUCAAGUCGUAUAUCAGAUGUGGGAAAGAAGUGGCUGGACUUUUAGAGAGCAUGAAAACUGCUGAUAAUAUAGAUGAAGAUGAGGAAACAAAGACAAUUCUUAGUUCAAGACAGCAAGUAUAACGAUUGAGUCGCUCGAUUUUACUGGUUCUCCCCAAAUUCUUAGACUAGAUGCUGCCAAAUCCAGCCAAGGUGCAUGUGCACAUUCAACCAAUUAGUGAAAAGGGCGUUCAGAUUCUUCGACAAUCUAGUUUCAGCUUUCAAAUUUGUAUGGAGAAAUAUUUGAAUCAUUUGCCUUCCCCUCAAAAUUAAUCAUUGGGAAAUUAUUUUGUUAAAUAUUGAAAGUAAUUAGCAGUAAAAAA